AUGGAUAUAUCACAUCCUAACAGUUUUCUGCAGCAGGAAGAAUAUCGGUUAACCACGUUCAGCGAACAUGAGAUAUCUCCCAUCGAUACCACUAGAGUAUACAGGAACAUGCCGUUCGUCAGCUACGAUUGUCUAAGAUACGAAGAAAAGCGAUUAGGAACCUUCAUCGACUGGCCUCAUGAAUGGCUGAAACCGUCAGAAUUGGCGGCCGACGGAUUUUACUAUCUCAGGAAAGAUGAUCACUGUGCGUGUAUCUUCUGCAGAGGGAUAGUUGGAGCCUGGGAAAAAACUGACACGCCAAGAGGAGAACAUGAACGCCAUUUUCCCCACUGCCCCUUUAUUAGGGGUCAGCCAACUGGAAAUGUUCCCAUUGUUCAAGGCAAUAUCUUAGCCAGGUUACCGGUACUACAUGCGAGUCUGGACGAUUGCGGAUCAAGACGUGUUGAGGCCGACGCUUGCAGAUUUUCGUCAAGACAUAUGGCCGGAUCGUAUCCCGAAUGCAGAGGAUCUCCGGAUGAAACUGGUCUCUACCAGCAUUCUGGACCGAAACGAAGUGAUUUCACGACAUUAGAUAGCCGAUUGAAGAGCUAUGUCGAAGGAUGGCCCAUCCUCGGUCUGCAUGCACGAGAUCUUGCCGAAGCUGGAUUUUUCUACUGUGGUCUGAGUGAUCAUGUUCGCUGUUUCCACUGCGGUAAGGGUCUUCGCAAUUGGAUAUCUAGCGACAUACCUUGGAAGGAACACGCUAGAUGGUAUCCUAAAUGCAGAUUUGUCUUAUUGACGAAAGGCCAGGACUAUAUCAAUGAAGUCCAGCAAGAACAUCCACCGUACACCCGCACAGCAAGUACUAUAUAUUCGGGUAUCGAUAAAGCUGCUUCCGGUAGCAGUAAUAGUCCAACGGAGGUGCAAUCCGUAUCCGAACAAGAAUUGGAUCUGUUGAUGAGUUUGGAUGUCGUCAAGCGUGUACUGGAAAUGGGAUAUCCUAGUUGUAUAGUCAGGGCCUGCCUUAAAGAUCGGGUUGAACAAACCGGCGAACCGUAUUUCGUUAUAGAGCCUUGCCUUGAAGAUGUUAUACAUAGAAUGAGCGUAACAGAGAAUCGGGUUGCAAAUAAUCGUUCUGAAAGUACAGAGUGUGCCGUCGAGGUGAGACUAUUGGCGGACUGA